ACGUGAGACGUGAGCAUGUGCUUAAUUUGUUUCUUGUAGUGGAUCGAAUGGGUGAAUGAGCAACAAGAAAGAAUAAUUAAACAACUAGGGACUUGUUUAUUUAUUUUGAAAUGCACACCACGAGUCUAACAGAAGCGUUUGAAAAUAUAGACAAAACGCAACUCAAACAAGUCAGACACACUAACCAACAUGGACUCGACAUAGUCAGUAUCGAUUUAUUGAGUAAAGAUCUAGCUGAUGAACUACUAACUCAUCUCAAUAAGUCCAUUGAAUACUACGAUGGAGAACUAACCAAGGUGAGAGUGUUCGGCAAAUGGCACCAGAUUCCUAGACAGCAAUCAGCAUAUGGUGAUCCUGGCUUACAUUACAAGUUUUCUGGCCUUUGUUUACCUGCUAAGAACUGGAUACAACCUUUGACAGAUGUGAAAAACUUAUUGCUCGCCGUCACAGGUUAUGAUUAUAAUUUCGUUCUGAUCAAUAAGUAUAGAAAUGGAAUGGACCACAUGGGGGAACAUAGGGAUGAUGAAGCGGAGUUAGACCCAAGUACUCCAAUUGCUUCUCUUACUCUUGGCCAGCGAAGACCAUUCAUUUUCAAACACGCCGAAUCAAGAAAAAAAUCAGGAGAUAAGAAAGUUAUAGAUAAACACAAGAUGUAUCUGGAACACGGAAGUUUACUCAUGAUGAAUCCACCAACAAAUAAAUAUUGGUAUCAUUCCCUUCCGAUUUGUAAGACAGCUUCAGGUGAAAGGAUCAAUCUAACGUUCAGAAGAAUAAUUAAGUGAAAAUUUUGUCUGGUUCUUACUCAACUUGAAUAGAACAUUACAUGAUAAA